AUGUCUGGACGAGGAGCACCCGGUGGCAAUUCGCGUGGCCGUGGAGGCAAGUUUAGGAAGUUCACUCGAGGAGGCGGGAAGCACUUCUCUCGUGACCUUCGACCCCUUGAUGCUGAUGGUAAUGAGAUCAGCAUGUGGAGCGCAAAUAACAAAAAGAAUGAAGAAGAUGACGACGAGGAAGAGAGCUCCGAAGAGGAAGACUCGGAGGAUGACGAUGAUGCUGGUCCUUCUCAACAGACAGCCGAGUUAACUCGAGAGGAGCGCAAACAGGCUAAGAAGGCCCAAAAGGAGGCGGCUAUUGCCAGAAAGAAUAAGACUGUUCAAGUUGGCGACCUGCCUACUGAUUCUGAAUCUGAAGAGGAAGAUGACGACAUGCCUGCCAACCCGAACCACUCCAAAGCUGCACGAAAUAUGGCCAAGGCUCCGUUGUCAGCUAACGAUGUUGAGGAGGCUACCGAGGGUGUCAAGAACUUGUCGACUAUGAGCCGAAAGGAGCGUGAAACCCUAGAAGCCCAACAAGCUAAGGAGAGGUACCGCAAACUUCACGAGGCUGGCAAGACGGACGAGGCUAAGGCUGACCUGGCGCGUUUACGACUCAUCCGAGAGAAGAGAGAAGCCGAGGCUGCGAGAAAGCAGGCUGAGAAGGAAGAGAGAGAGGCACAGGAGAAAGCCCGAAGAACUGAGAUCGAGGCUAAGGAAGCAAAGAAACGCGAGGCUGCCUUAGGCAAGAGUGCUGCAGGGAAGAAGAAGUCAACUAAAUGA